GGGCUCGGCCGUGGCCCCGGGGGCCGAUGCGGGGGAGCUCGGCCUGGCUGCGCGCCGUCGCUCCCCUGGGGCGGGGACCAAGGCGCUGUCAGUACCGCCUCCUCCCACGAGCCCUGCGCCCCCGCUGUACAUCGGCGGGGGGCCGCCCGCUUUGUGCAUCUCGGGGUGUUCGUGGCUGCCCCAGAGCUAGCGCACCUCAGCGCCCCCCCAGACAGGCGCGUCCGAGUGUGGGAGUAAGGGGCGCAUCACAGCCCCCCCCCGCUCGGAGCGAUCUGCCCGGGUACCCCCCCUCCGCUCUUCGGGAGCGGAAGAUCAUGGAGCCACUGCACCUUCCCCCUGUCCCGGAGUCCAGAGACACCGGUCGGUGCUCGUCGAAUCUGUAUUGUUGCACCUUCACUGCUGUUCCCUUGUUUAUUUUAACAGAUUUCACUCGUAAAGUUUUCUCUGUGUCCAUUUUCAGACUAGCUUCAUUAAAGUGCAAAUGUGUGUCUGUGUGUGUGUUUUCUUUUUGUGAACAGCUUUCUUUUCCCGACUGCCGGCUCUGUUUGUAUGAGGAUGGGACAGAACUGACUGAAGGUUACUUCCACAGCAUUCCAGCCAAUACAGACCUUGUACUGCUAGCCCCAGGGGAGACCUGGCAGGGUUUUGUCAGUGACAUAGAUCACUUCCUAAAUACAUUUUACACACAAAAAGAUGAUGUUGUUGAGGCUGCACAAAAGCUGCUAUCAGAUGAGCAGGCUCCCAAGAGACAGAAGCUUCUAGUGGAUCUCAUUCAAAACCUAAGUGAAAACAUUUUGGCGGAAAGCAGAGAGGAAGACAGAAAGUGGUUUGAAGGUAUAGAGUCUCGCUUUAAGAAUAAAUCAAGUUAUAUGAGAUACAGUUGUGAAAGCAGAAUACGAAGUUAUAUGAAAGAGGUUAGCAGUUAUACUUCAGCUGUUCAUCCAGCAGCACAAGCAGAAUAUAAAAGAAUAACUGACUUUAUGUUGGAUAAACUAAAGUCCGUUAAAUAUAAUGGCUGUUACUUUGACAGAAGAGAGGAGGCGGCGGUCCGCCUCUGCACUACUGAGGGAUGGUUCUCCUGUCAAGUAAGAAACUAUUUAAGACAAAUAAGUGUGUGUAAGGGUCCUUUUGACAGGGAUUACUGCCUGUGUAAACAUUCCAUCAAUCCCUACAGUAACAGGGAGAGCAGAAUCCUCUUCAGUACAUGGAAUCUCGAUCAUAUAAUAGAGAAGAAACGUACUAUUGUCCCAACACUGGCAGAAGCUGUCAAAGAACAAGAUGGAAGGGAAGUUGCCUGGGAAUACUUCUAUCAGUUGCUAUUUACUCUGGAAAAUUUAAAACUAGUGCAUAUUGCUUGCCAUAAGAAAACCAGCCAUAAUCUCACCUGUGAUAAAACUAAAAUAUACAGAAAAAGAAAGCGAAUACAGAAGGUCUCAAAGUGACUUCCCUAAAAGUGGCUUUUUGCUAUGGUUUUCUAAACUAUAUGAAAGGACACUAUUUAUAAUAAUAUUUCUGAAAUUCUUAGUAAAAGAUCAUAAUAGAUUGAUUGCAGCCACAUCUAUAUUAGGGAAUUUAGCAAGAAGAGAUCAAACCUCAUUCAAACAUUUGUCAUUCCACCUUUUAUACACUUGGUUCCUGAGGCCCCAGCUCAUUUUCUGUAAGGCAGUAAAGUUGUUCUACAGAGCUUAUAGCUAAGCAAACAAUCCCCGUGCCUUAGAUUUACCAAAGGCCACCAUACAGUUAGUGGCAGAGCUACUCCCAGUUCUGUGUCCCUGUGACCUCUGCUCUAAUCUACUAAUGGUUCCCAUUUUUUAACCUAUUAUUUUACAUACAUAUUUUCUAAAGAAACUAUCCAUGGUGCUAGAUUCUGUCUUUUUUCUUGGUUCAUAUUCCCCUUUUGUUUAUUUAAAUACCAUCUUCCAACUUCCUUGGCUGUUUGACUUUUCUUAGUGUUGUGCAGUACUACAUACGAAGGCUAUUAUAGGAAAAGGUACUGUAUGUUCAAUCUCUUUGAUAAUUAUCUGUUCAUCAGCUGUGCUCCCCUCUACCUCUUAAUUAUGUAGUAAAAUGUGAAUGAUUUUUUUU